AUGUCUAAUUUGUCCGUUAAUACAAUAAUUGCGCAUGGUCAAGAAGAAAUCAUUACAUCUGAUAGAUCAGAGAUAGAUGAAAAUGAUGAUGACGACGCUACAUUGGUAGACGAAAGUUCAAAUGAAGAGGAAGAAGAAUAUUUAACCUCCCCAUCGAUUCCUAAUGAAAAUAUCGAUUUCGAACUAGUUUAUGCUUUACAUAAAUUUCAAGCCACAGUAGAAGGUCAAAUUAGCGUCGAAAGAGAUGAUAAGCUGAAGUUGUUAGAUGAUUCCAAUAGUUAUUGGUGGUUGGUCAAAGUUUUAAGAUGUGACGCGGUCGGUUACAUACCUGCCGAGAGUAUCGAGACUCCUUACGAAAGGUUGGCUAGACUAAAUAGACAUCGUAACAUUAAUUUUGCAUCGUCAGGUAACAAUAAAGAAGAGGAUUAUCUAAGAAGAGAACAUAAAGGCCAAGUGAAAAUUGUUUCCUUCACUUCACCUUUACAUGUGGUGGCCGAGGAACACAGUGACUACUUAGAAGACAUUGACGACGAAAGCUAUGAAGAAUAUGAGGGAGAUGAUGAGCUACUUGAAGAUGACACUGAACCAACAACGGAUCCUGCACUACAAAAUGAGAAGGUUGAGGAUACGGGCAUAAACGGAUUACAAGAAAAUUCUGAUACGAACAAAAAUGCGCCAAAAUCUGAAGUACUUGACGAUGAGAAUCAGCAACAGAAUAAUGAAGAGGAUUUGCUACGUCAUGAUCAGGCGAGUCAGCAUCAACUUGGUCAACCUGCUCACAAACAAAAUUCUGAACCUGCUAUCGGAAGGAUGAAGCAAAAUGUUUACACAAAUGAACAGAAUCAUUCUGCGUCCAGUGUUCCUUCAGACAUCACAAAAAUUAUAAACCAGCCCGGUGAAACUAUUAAAACUUCGCUGACACCGGCCUUGGGAAGUGACUUUAUGGACUUCUCAGAUGAUGAAGAACGUCAAUCUAACGCUAAAACAAACAAGCCCUUUGGUAAUGAUCCUACAAAGACCAAAAUUUCAUUUGAUGAACUUAUCAAAAAUGAUGAAAAAGAUGAAAAGAAAGGGGGGAAAUCAAAGAAAGAAGAAAAGAAGAAAGAGGGGGGAAGGUUUAUGAAUUUCUUUAAAAGAAAGUCAAAGAAAAAGGAGGAAGAGCCACCAAAACAAUUCUCAAAAACCACCGGCAAUAGUAACUAUAAUAAUAGGGUCAAACCAGCGAACAUACAAUAUCAACAAAUGGAUUCUCAAUCAUCUCCAAGACAAGGAUCCUUGACCGAUCAACAAAGAAUCCAAGUUCAAGUUGACCUCCACUCACAACGAGAUCAAGGUCAACAGUCUCAAAUGCAGCAACAAGGUCAGCAAAAAAUGCAAGCUUUAACUCGCCCUCCGUUACAACAGAAGUCACAAUUGCGACCGCAGAGUCCUCAACAGCAAGAAAAAUAUCAAGAACACCAACAAUUCUCUAAUAUCAACUCUCAGAGUCAACAGACCCCUGCUACUCAGUCGAAUACAAUUUAUAAUGUUUUUCGAAUUUUUGCUGGUAAAAAUAUAAUGGCAAGUGAGGAAUUCAAGGUCGUCUUGUUAAGUCCUACCAUAUCUGUGAAAGACCUUAUCAAAAAAACGCUGAUUAGAUUCAAAUUGGAUUCCGAAGAGAAUUGGGCUGAUUAUUAUAUUACCGUUAAAGAAAUUAAUGGAGACCAGGUACGAUUGUCUCCACAUGAUCAUCCCCUUGAGAUCUAUGACUCUUUGAUCACCUCCUCGGUUCCACUACCAACGGUGAGGAGGGAAUCUAUAUCCUCAAUUUCUUCAACAUUCUCAAAUCUAUCCGGUCACGAUGUUAUAAAGGCACUGGACUUACAAAAUGAAAGUCAAAAUUCAGCCUGCUUCUUUUUAAACAAGAAAUCAAAGAGAGGUAGUAGAUCAUCGGAAGAACGUAAGAUACGUGUUCGCGUACUGGUUUACGCAGAUGAUUUGCCGGUUCGACUAAGAAGCAAGAGUCUUCAAAUUCCACGAACCUCCAUGUCCGUACCUAAACAUCUUGCCGAGAAAGCAUCGCGGAGGCGUUCGCGCGAGGAAGGAAAACCAAAAGAAAAAAGCGUAAUUGUAAAUACAAAUGCUACUGUCAUUAAUGUCAUAGAAAAAGCUAUGAACAAGUUUGGCAUUACAGAGGGUAUAGCUGAUGAUGGCAGGGUCUCGGAUGCAGGUAGCGAGAAACUAAUAUAUCAUCUUACAAUGAUUGUUGACGGAGAAGAAAAGGCUCUUAGUCCGGAAACUUUUGUUACUUCAGUUUUUCCAUCUCAAAACAUUCACCAUCUGUCAGUAGAUUCAUUAGAGUCUUCAUUAUCAUUGGAGUGUCACUCUGAUGAGCCGAUUUUUGUACUGAGACUUUUGAGGUCGGAAGAUUUGCAAUCGAGGGCUUCAGAAGUUGAACUAAAAAGAAUCACGCAAGGUGCAUUUCAAUCCAUGUUACAUAAAAGAAUGAGCAACCAGAAUCCCAUGCAGUCAAAUACAAAUUUUUCAUCACGUAAAGAGCUCAUUGAACAACAGCGUGAAUAUAGUCGAGCAAGACAGAAUUCGAUCAUUACUACACACAAAAAUAAUUCGCAAGGUGUUGAUAUUGUUACUAGUAUGGGUGCAAUCAGAAGUUCUCGUGUAUUUGGAUCAAAAGUUCGAUAUAGCUUUAUUUCGAAAACAGGGGAAGAGAUUGACAUUAGUGAUUUAAUUGAAGACAUUUGGAGUGAUGACGAAAUAAAAAUUGAAGAUAUCGAUUCAAUGUCAAUCAACCGAUCUUCAAUAGAUUCUCUGAGAAAUUCCAAUGGUUACAGGGCGUUCUCUCCCACAACAAAUAACAAAAGAAAGAGUACGACACAAGAUGUCGACGUUCUGGGGAAAAUUAUAGAUGAGACACAAAAUGAUGGAAUAACUUUGGAAGAAAGGAUUGAUCGUGUAUUCCGAAAAGUUAGAGCUGGACAAUAUGGAACCAAUGCAACUUCUAACUUUGCUAGUUCUCCGAGGAAUCAGAAAACAACUUCGUCACAAGGUCAAGUGCAGGAACCUUAUAAAACACAUGGUUCCAUCGCUUCUCCUCCACUCUCUCCAAAAUCACAGAAUCGUGCCGGAAGUAUAUCGAAUUCACGGUCUGAAUCAAAAUCCAUUGAAGCUAUACCGGAAGAUUCAGAAUUGUCUCUAUUAAAUAUAAAAAAUUCGUUAGAAGAAAUACAAUCCCAAUCCAGUCUACAUUCUUUACCUGUAAUCCCCCAAACACGAAAGCGUUCGUCUUCUGCCACAUCGAAUAGUUCUAUCAAAUCAAACAACUCUGUACAAUCUCUUAAUGCAAUGAGUAUGUCAAACUCAUCGGCACAUAGAAAAUCAUCGGUGUCGACUACGGAUAAUAGCUGGAUAUUGUCGGAUAGUCUGGGGUUACAGGAAUUGCUAAUAUUAGUAAGAUCAGAAGUAAACAUGAUUGAUAUCAAAGAAAGGCGAAAAAGUGAAUGGCAGUUCGAUAACGAUUCCGAGAUGGUUCUGACGAUGUUUAGAACUAUGGAGAUUAAAGAUGAAAUUAAGGAAGUUUAUGAAAGUGUCAAUAAUGAAUUGGAAGAGUUGGAACAG